AUGAUGCGCACGCAGGGGAGUUGCGAAGAAAACGAGAGGCAGGAACAGACUGUAUCUUCUUCCCUUCCCGCCUUUCCUCUUUUUUUUACGGUUGUAUUCUCCCUCUCGCUCUGCGUGCGCUCUCUGCGGGAUCUCCUCCCUUCUGUUCGCUGCGCGCCUCUCUCCCCUACACGCACACCCGCACAGAUUCUAUUCGAAGAGAGUAAGAAGAAGACGGAGAGGAAGAAGAAGAAGGAGAGGAAGAAGAAGAAGGAGAGGAAGAAGAAGAAGGAGAGGAAGAAGAAGAAGGAGAGGAAGAAGAAGACGGAGAGGAAGAAGAAGACGGAGAGGAAGAAGAAGACGGAGAGGAAGAAGAAGACGGAGAGGAAGAAGAAGAAGGAGAGGAAGAAGAAGAAGGAGAGGAAGAAGAAGAAGGAGAGGAAGAAGAAGAAGGAGAGGAAGAAGAAGAAGGAGAGGAAGAAGAAGAAGGAGAGGAAGAAGAAGAAGGAGAGGAAGAAGAAGAAGGAGAGGAAGAAGAAGAAGGAGAGGAAGAUUAUAAGGACAGAUUCCGUCGAGGGAAAAAGGGGGAAGAUGCGGGCGUGUUUGAGAGACGAAAGAAAGUGA